GGGCUGGGCAACACGGGAGGCGCAAGAAAACGGCAAGGUAUCAAGUCUCGUGAGGCUUGAUUCACAGCGGCCCCGCCCUCUGAGAGACGCUGGGUCUCUGCAAAGCCCCCGCAGCUCCUGUGUGAUCCUGCAAGUGUUUGGGAAGGAAAGCAGGCUCGCUCGCCUCCUAGGCUUUCCUCUGGCCGCCUGAAGCCAUGGGGAAGAUCGGGCUGCAGCUCAAAGCCACUCUGGAAAAUAUUACAAAUCUCAGGCCGGUGGGGGAGGAUUUCCGAUGGUAUCUGAAGUUGAAGUGUGGAAACUGUGCUGAGGUUUCAGAAAAAUGGCAAUAUCUACGAUUAAUGGACAGCCACCCUCUCAAAGGAGGCAGGGGAAGUGCCACAAUGGUGCAGAAAUGCAAACUGUGCUCCCGAGAAAACUCCAUAGAUAUCUUAAGUCAUACAAUGAAGCCUUACAAUGCUGAAGACAAUGAGACAUUUAAGACCAUAGUGGAGUUUGAGUGUGGCCUUGAACCAGUGGACUUUCAACCACAGGCUGGGUUUUCUGCAGAAGGCGCAGAAUCUGGCACACGUUUUGAUGACAUCAACUUGUUGGAAAAGGACUGGAAUGACUACGAUGAAAAAAUAAAGGAAUCUGUUGGCAUCUAUGAAGUGACACAUAGGUUUGUCAAAUGUUGAAGCUUUUGUUUUGUGUGGGAUCAUUUUCUACGUGGCCAUGUUUAAAUUGUGUUUACAGAACCUAGAAUAAAAGUCUUCUACUUUCUGCAGGAUUUAUUUUUCAAAACUUGUGGGCUUAGCUUUUUUAUUAUACCAAACUCUAAAGAAUAAAUGCAAAUAAGAAUAUUUAUGCAGAAAAAUAUACUAGUUUUUAAUCAUGCUUACAGUUAGGUUAAUGCUGGGAUUGCCUCUUCAAAGAAUUUGAUUAACGUUUACUCAUGUAAGGCCCAAGAGCUUUCAUAGGAGGGUGGGAAAGAUACUCGCUCACCUAUUGUAAUAACUAUUAUUGCCAUUAAAGUUCUUGGCUUCUCUCACA